AUGUCUGCUGCCCACAAGAUCUUGUCUGACAAGCCAACUGAAUUAGAAUUAAAGGUUGCCCAAGCCUUCGUUGACUUGGAAUCCCAAGCCGACCUCAAGGCCGAAUUAAGACCAUUACAAUUCAAGUCCAUCAAGGAAAUUGAUGUCACUGGUGGUAAGAAGGCCUUGGCUGUUUUUGUUCCAUGCCCAUCCCUCCCAGCCUACCACAAGGUUCAAAUCAGAUUAACCAGAGAAUUGGAGAAGAAGUUCCCAGACCGUCAUGUUGUUUUCUUAGCUGAAAGAAGAAUCUUGCCAAAGCCAGCCAGAGGUUCUAGACAACUCCAAAAGAGACCAAGAUCCAGAACUUUGACUGCCGUCCACGACAAGAUCUUGGAAGACUUGGUUUUCCCAACUGAAAUCGUCGGUAAGAGAGUUAGAUACUUGGUUGGUGGUAACAAGAUCCACAAGGUCUUGUUGGACUCCAAGGACUCCACCUCCGUUGACUACAAGUUGGAAUCUUUCCAACAAUUAUACUCCAAAUUGACUGGUAAGCAAGUCGUUUUUGAAAUCCCAGGUGAAACUCAUUAAACGGGUCUGAAUAUUCAUAUUCAUUGUAAUGAUAUAGUCAUAAUAAUAUAAUUACAAGUUUGUAAUAUAGAUAAAGUGAAGUAACC